AUGAUUUUGAGAUGGUGGUUGAUAUCAAUAUUUGUCUAUUUGACGAGUGGUGGCACGCUGAAAUGCUCGUCAUAUCUCGAAUCCCACAAGAACACCUCAAUUCGAGACAUUCGCUUGGCUGAGAGUCGCACGCUUUGCCUUCGUCCCCGUUCGGACCCUUCGAAAAUUUAUGCGAUCUCAGUUCUCGAAAUUCGAACACAAUGGGCGAUAACUUCAAAGCAGGAUUUUGUUUUGGCGGAUUUCCGCGCGAAACAAUGCUAUUGCGAUUGUCGACGGGAAAGUUCGAUUUGCGAGAGGAAAAAGUUGAGGAAAGAGUGUCCCGAUUGCAUUCCAUUGAUUCAAUCACAUCGAAUCGGUUCCGGCUGUGACUCGAACACGGAAGCGACAUCGUGUUGCAAUAUUGAGAUGUUCAACGCCUCAAAUAUUUCCACUCUUCACCUCUCCCAUCCAUCACUUUUCUAUCGUUUAGAGGUGUCCGUUUGGAAUGAAACGAUCGAUCGAAAGCGGUCCCUUCAAACGACGAAAAUCCACGAGUUGCAUACCGAGGAACGAUAUCGAUUAACGGUGGACGAAAUUCUCUUCGAAUUUCACGCUGCUCAAAAACACGCGCAUCCAAUGGAAAGAGAAGUGAUCAUCGAUGAUCGAACGAACAAAAUCAUUCCUUUGUUACACUCACAUCGUUGUAUCGAUGCUUUCAAAUACUCUAAUGGAUCGCUUCAAGUCCGAGAAGCGGCUUGUUUGCCAGCUUUUGAAUUGGACGAUUGCUCUCAUCAGCGGCUAAUCGUUGAAGAAGGAAAGCCGCAUUUCAUCGACUUCUCUCAUGGCCAUCCCGCUCAUUUCUCACAAGAUCGACGCCAUCUUUCAAUGGCUGCUCAGUUGAUGUUGACGAUGACCAUUGAUGAUCAAAAGAAUGCAUUGUCCCCAGUUGAAGAUGAUGCAAAAAUCGACGAUCUUAAAGAUGUUCGCAUCGAGGUUGACGAUCAUAGUCACAGACGUUUCCACGCGAUUCUCCACGGAGCUCAGGGUACCCUCCACUUCACUUUCAUCACGCAAUCCUCGGGUGCCAGAUACUCAAUCCAAUAUCAUGUCCCAUCAUCGAUUCGAUCCGACUCUCACGAGCCGUAUCAUAAGAUUGCUCUGGCUCUCCCCGAAUCAAUCCGAGAAGCAGCCACCGUGUGUGUGUCUCCGCUCGACAAAAACGAGACAAGCCAACUCUGCGUCCAUGCACCGUAUGAAGUGAUGAAGAUUAAGACCAAGGAAUUCUUCAAGUCGUCAAUUUUCAAGGGCUCAUGCGAGGGUUGCAUCGGGGCCACGUCGUUCAUCGAGCGAAUCACCGCUGCGGUUAGUCUUUUCAUCCCGGCAAAAUCUUUGUCUCGACUAUUCCACGGAGAGAGUUUGGAAUGGAGCGAUGCUCAAGUAUUUCAA